CUUGUAUACUUGAAUCCCUGAACGUGUUCGUGAACCGAUAUUUCAAUUGUUAUAAAACAACGUAUUUUAUUUUGUCUAUCACUGAAUAAGCCUUUACAAUUCAAAAAUCAACGCACCUGCCAACAAAUAUUCUUAUACAACUUGAUCGAAGAACUUGAAGUAAUACAAAAUGACAAUCGAUUUCUAUUAUCUGCCGGUAAGCCCUCCAUGUCGAGCAGUAAUGAUGCUAGCUAAGGCAAUAGGUGUUCAUUUGAACUAUAAGAUAAUAGACGUUACUAAAGGGGAACAGUUAUCCGACGACUAUAAAAAGUUGAAUCCGCAACAUACAAUACCAACUAUUGAUGAUAAUGGCUUGAUUUUAUCAGAAAGUCGAGCUAUAAUGGGAUACCUUGUGAAUAAAUAUGCAAAAAAUGAUUCUCUCUAUCCGACAGAUCCAAAGAAAAAGGGCAUUGUUGAUGAUAGAUUAUAUUUCGAUUUAUGCACGCUUUGGCCUCGAAUUGCAAAGACUUACUUUCCAGUCGUAUUUAAAAUGACAAAUGCUAUAAAUGAAGAAGAUGUCAAAAGCAUGGAGAGAGGAUUUGAGAUUUUAAAUGCACUUUUAAGUAACGGAGAAUUCGCAGCUGAAGAAAAUUUAACGAUUGCGGAUUUUUCUAUGGUUAUGUCUGUUGGAAUGGCGCAAAUAUUUGGCUUUGAUAUUUCGCCAUAUGAAAACGUUGUUUCGUGGUUUGAACGAUGCCAAGAAGCCCUUGAAAAAUAUGGGUAUGAAGAAAUUAACGCUCCAGCUCAAGCACUAGGAGAAUGGUUCCGUGCUAAUUUGGAAGUUGUUUAAUUAUAUUUUAUUUGUCAACAUGUGAAUACUAAAACAAGAUCCUGAACUACUCCAAAGUUCUCUAACGACAUUUAAGAUAUUUCGUUAGUUUAAAACAUUAAUUAAACAUUAAUUUGACUUAAUUUAUUAGAAAAUUCAAGCUCAUCAUUUGUUAAAUCAAUUUCACAAUGAGUUCUAAGAAGAU